AUGGCUUUUUAUUAUGCAUUAAGCACAAACAGCACAGUUUUUACUCAGUUCAAUUUCUCUAUAUAGCUUAUAAUGGAGUUCUGUAAUUUGAAAAGCAGUAAAAUAUCCAGCUUUAUUAUAGCGUUACUCUCAAUGCUCAGUGUACUGGCCAAAGCAGAGGACUUAGUGAGCCUGAAAGCACUGUGUUCAUCUAACAGAGCUGGAGUGAAGUGGACAGCUAUCUCACCAACCUACAAUGGUUACAUUGACCUCGACUUCAGUUGCACCAAUUCUAAUGGUAACAUAACACAUGUUGAAAGACAGGACAAGUGCUUUCACAAGAGAAAUGUGCUACCUGCAUUGGAACAUAUGCUGUAUCGUUCAAUGACUCAUGCUAUCAGUAUGGAUCUUGAAACAGGAACAGUAUGUACAUUCAUUGCAUGCAUAAAGAGCCGAUUUGAAGAGUACAUGGAUACAGUCAAUGACACUUGUACAAUUGGAGCUCCUACUGCUCUACCUGUACUACCAGCGAUAUGUAAACGUACUGGCAGCGAACAAUGUCAGUGCUCAUGCAGUCCAGGCUUUGAGGGAAUAGCUGACAGCAGCAUUGACGGGAACACAUGCGAGGCUAUCGUAGUUCCACACCCAGCAUCUACAGUGACCUCCACCUUCAUCAUUGCCCCAACAAGCUACAUACACGUAGUAGCAACCCCAACACGUAGCAAGCACCUAGUCACAACAACACCUGUAACCACACCAUCAAUCACAACCACUUCAUCCAUAUCUGCACAAACAAGCCCUUCAAUAACAAUUCCACUUACUCUUCUAACUGGUUCACCUAUAGCUACAGGGGCUGUGAGCCAUGACUCAGGGCUUGGUCAUUCCAACACACCCACUGUCAUAUCGGUGGUGUCAGGAGUGGCUGCAGUACUCCUCAUAGUAGUCAUCGGCAUGGUGAUAUUUUGUUUGGGGACGGUCAAGUACAAAAGAAUGAAGCUAAACAAGUUUCACGAGCAGCGUACCAUGCCUUUUAAACAACAAAAAAGAGAAAAAAUUGACCCGAACUUUAUUCCAGACAAUUGGAAAAUGGAUACAAGGAUAGCCAUGAGCAAGUCAAUAGACAGUAAGCUAGACACGUUUCCACCACACCCACAUUCUUCAACUGAGGAAGAAGGUGCUGCUCUAAUGAUGGCCAUCACUGAGACUGUUCCUGGUGAAGAUGGACAAAUUAGCAAUGCAGAGAAACGAGGCGCUUACGUUUACAGAGUGAGUGAAGGGAGCUCAGGAUAUGUGACUGAAGGUAGUUUGGGCUUCAUAUCAGAAUCACUAAUUUGUCAAGUGAAAAACUACACGGACUCUAUCAGUCAAGACAACAAUGAAGUGAGAUUGCAAGGAGAAGGUCACGUUCAGAAUGAAAGAGGCUAUAUAGUGGAUAGAAAAAGCUCUCAACAGACCAACUGUUCUGAAGACUACAUGGACUCUAUCAGUCAAGACAACGAUGGAGUGAGAUUGCAAGGAAAAAUUGACGUUAAAAACGAUGGCUAUGUAGUGGAUAGAAACAGCUCACAACAGACCAACUGUUCACCUGAAAACUAUCUUGCACCUAUUUUAUGUACUGACGUAUCCUUUACUUUUCCCUUAGACAUGAAUUCUUGACUUUUACAAAUUAAUUUGUACCAUCCAUAAUAACAAUUCAGAUUCUUACAUACUUA